AUACCUCAAGCAAACAUAUGGAGACUCAGAGGCAGAGCUGGAAGCCGGCGACGUGGUUGUCUUUGGGAAGAUACCACAUUUCUGAGGAGUAUGGCUUCCUUCUUCACAGUCCUCUGAAAGAACUUCCUGAUCAGUACAGACCUUGGAUGGAGAUUGCCAACAAACUUGCUCACUUAAUUGAGAGCCACCAGCUCCGGGACCAUGUGUACAAGAUGCCCCUCCUGGACUGCAGGUUCCUAACAGGUCACCGCGAGCAACGCCUGGCACACCUGGUGCUGGCCGCUAUCACCAUGGGAUUCGUCUGGCAAGAAGGGGAGACCCAACCACAAAAGGUGCUGCCCAGAAGUCUUGCCAUUCCUUUUGUUGAAGUCUCCAGAAAGUUGGGGCUCCCUCCUAUCCUGGUCCACUCUGAUCUGGUGCUGACAAACUGGACCAAAAGGAACCCAGAAGGACCAUGGGAAAUCAGGAACCUUGAAACCAUCAUCUCCUUUCCCGGGGGAGAGAGCCUACGGGCCUUCAUACUGGUGACUGUUUUGGUGGAGAAGGCAGCGGCGCCUGGCAUAAAGGCCCUGGUUCAGGGAGUGGAGGCCCUUCUGCAACAAAGUCAGGACACCCUGCUCCAGGCCCUGAAGCAACUGAGACUCUCCAUCCAGGACGUCACCAGAGCCUUGGCCCAAAUGCAUGAUUAUGUAGACCCAGACAUAUUUUACACGGUCAUCCGGAUCUUCCUAUCCGGGUGGAAGGACAACCCAGCCAUGCCUGUGGGGCUGGUCUAUGAGGGUGUGGCCCCAGAGCCUCUGAGGUACUCCGGAGGAAGCGCAGCCCAGAGCUCUGUGCUUCAGGCCUUUGACGAGUUCCUGGGCAUUGAGCAUUGCAAGGAGAGUGUGGGUUUUCUGCAAAGAAUGAGAGACUACAUGCCUCCUUCCCACAAGGCCUUCCUGGAGGACCUCCAUUCAUCUCCUUCGCUGAGGGACUACGUAUUGACCUCUGGUGCUGGGUGCUGCCUGAUGGCCUAUAACCAGUGUGUGGAGGCACUGGUAGAGCUACGCAGUUACCACAUCAACAUGGUGGCACGCUACAUCAUCUCUGCCGCUGCCAAGGCCAGGAACAGGGUGCUGAGCCAUCUCUCAUCCCAUGCCUUGGAGGAAAGGGGAACUGGGGGCACUUCAAUGAUGAGCUUCCUGAAAAGCAUCAGGGAGAAGACGGUGGAGGCCAUCCUGCAUCCUUGUGCUUAGCAGUUUACAUCCUGCAUCCUUGUGCUCAGCAGCUUACAUCCUGCAUCCUUGUGCUUAGCAGUUCACAUACUGCAUCCUUGUGUUUAGAACCAGAGUUCUGCCUGAGCUCAAGCAUACUUUUGCUCCAAAGAACACCAUGUUCUUUGUUCAUAAGCUGUGAUUCCCACUCUGACCCCAGCCCCAGCCACUUCGCUUGCUAGAAACUUUUCUGCCUUGCCCAAUCCCUCUGCCUCACAGCAGAGAGCUAAAACCAUGUCUCCAUUCAGUGGGCAAGUCAGAUACCCAAGCUCAAUUUAAAAAGAAUCAGGUUGCCUUUGGGCACGUUACCUCAUCUUUUCCCAGGCUGGACCGCUUUCCUGCUCCUCUCCUUGUUCCCUUCUUCUAUCACCCCCAUUCCCUCCUUUUAUUGUCCUCCAGGGUUACUCCCCUUUCACCUUCCUCCCUUGCUCCUCAUCCACCUCCCCUUCUUCUCUCCAUUUUGGCUUUGAAACAGGAUCUAACUAUGUGCAGAUCCACUCUCAACUAGAACCUGUGAUCCUCUGCCUCAGCCUUCUGAGGUUAUACAUAUGUGUCCACUGCUAUGGACUUGUUCAUUUCUUCCCUUUUGCCUACUGGAGAUUACGAGUAAGGUUUUGUAUAUCCCAGGCAAAUGUUUCACUAUAGAGCUACAAUCCCAGCUCUCUCUGUUUCUGCUUUUGUCUUAUGAGUGACUUGGGCUGAUGUUGAGCUGUUUAGUCCAGGCGAGCCUUAGUCUUUGUACAGCUGGGUUGUAUAGGAAUGAGUCACUGAGCUAUGCUGCUGCUGCUGACUUUGAUGACAGUGAUGACAGCAAUAACAAUGAUGGUUGCAUUCCCUCUUCCUCUUUGUCUAUUUUUGGCUUUUGUUUUGAGACUGGGUCUUACUAUGUUUUAACUCAGAUUGCCCCCCAUCGAAGCCUCCCCAAUGCUGGAACUCUAAGCAGGAGCCACCACAGCUGACUGUAGAUCUGCUUAUUUCUCCAAGUUCCUACUGUGCUCUACUACAGAGAAUUUGGAGAGCCCUCUGUGACCUGGGAGAGCCUUCUCCUUCCUGUCCAUGCUGAAUUCAAUGUGGGGGUUUAGGUGGUCCUGUGAAGGUGUGUGGGGUGGGGUCCCUGAGUAUUCAAACCUAAAAGUUGCCAGCACUGGGGACUCUCAGCUAUGGAUUUGGAACUGAUGUGUCUUCCCCAAACGGUGUAGUCAUUGUGAACUCUAUUUUAACUCCCUGCUCUAUUUUUAGGACAGUGUUUUUCUUUUUCCUAGUGACACUGGAAUUUGUAUUUGAAAAAUGUUUUAAUUGACCCUUUGAAAGCAAGCAAGCCAAAUAGGAAUAAAUAGUAAGUCCACAUGUUUCAAAUAAAAAUAAAUGUAGCUUUUAUUUUUGAAGUUUCUAGCUCAACAUCUUCCUCUACCUGGCUGCAGAAAACUGGGGACCACACAAGUUUGAAGUCAAUUCCAUUGGUUAGGGUUCCUCCACUUUUCAAGGGUGUCUGUGUGCACACACACCUGCAUCUAUCAGACUUUUGUUCCAUGGUUCUGUGGAGGAAGGGGACAUCAGUGAAGACCAUCUGAUCAUCGUCCAGCCUCUUCCAAAUUUUGUCCCCUGUAUGGAUCUGGGUCAGGUGGACUUAGCAAUCCAGUUCAUCCUAUCUGAUAAACCUUUCAGCCCCCAUAGCUCUGUUGUUACAUAAUCACUUUGACCAUAAGGACCCAUGCCUAGGGUCUCUGCUUUCCAGUGCCUAGAGGGAGAGAGAAGGCUAGCUCCAAAAGAGGACUCAAGCCAGGUCCUACAUCAAGACAUUGGGGCUCUUCCUGCCUCACAUC